CACUAAGACGUUUUCUUCAAGUACUUUAAGUCACGUCUGACAGUGCCAGCCUGCACAAACAGAAGUAGCAGUCCGUGUUUCAGACAACACUCUUCCUACAUAGAAGAAGCAAAGAAGUUAGCAAGGAAAAUGUCAGAUCAGAGUCCUUUUGAAACCAAUGUCAUCACCCUGACUCGAUUUGUUAUGGAAAUGGGUCGAAAGGCGAAAGGGACAGGGGAAAUGACUCAACUGCUUUACAACAUUCUCACUGCCAUUAAAGCUAUCUCUUCUGCUGUGAGGAAAGCAGGUCUUGCACACAUGUAUGGCAUUGCCGGGAGCACCAAUGUAACUGGUGAUGAAGUGAAAAAACUAGAUGUCUUGUCUAAUGAUCUAGUCAUAAAUAUGCUAUCGUCUUCCUACAGUACCUGUGUUCUUGUGAGUGAAGAGAAUGAGAACGCCAUAAUCGUUCCUCCUGAUCUAAGAGGCAAGUAUGUUGUCUGCUUUGAUCCAUUGGAUGGAUCUUCCAACAUCGACUGCCUGGCACCCAUAGGAACAAUAUUUGCUCUCUACAGAAAGACAACUGACACAGAACCUUCAGAGAAAGAUGCCCUGCAGCCUGGGAGGACCAUUGUUGCAGCAGGCUAUGCUUUGUAUGGCAGUGCCACUCUGUUAGCACUUUCUACUGGUCAGGGUGUUAACUGCUUCAUGCUGGAUCCAGCCUUAGGGGAGUUCAUUCUAGUGGACAGAGAUGUGAAAAUUAAGAAGAAAGGGAAAAUCUACAGUAUUAAUGAGGGCUAUGCCAUGUACUCCGAUGCAGCACUCACUGAGUAUCUAGAGGCAAAGAAAUUCCCAAAGGAUGGAAGUGCUCCUUACAGCUCCAGAUACGUUGGCUCCAUGGUAGCUGACAUUCAUCGAACUAUAGUCUACGGUGGAAUCUUCUUGUAUCCUGCAAAUAAGAAAAGCCCCAAAGGAAAGCUUCGUCUUCUAUAUGAGUGCAACCCUAUGGCAUUCAUAAUUGAGCAGGCUGGCGGAUUAGCAACCACAGGAACAGAGAAUAUCCUGGACAUACAGCCGGAAUCUAUUCACCAAAGAGUACCUCUUAUUCUUGGGUCACCUGAUGAUGUACAGGAAUAUUUGUCCUUUGUAAAGAAACACCAAAAAUAACUAACUAAAUAAAUAAAUAAGUAAACAAAUAAAUAAACAGUGCUUCACUAGAGAUUGCUAUUUUUCUGUUAUUUUUGUAAUAAUAUAUUUCCUACUGUAAACUGUUGUACCCACAGGAAGGAGACAGUUGUACAUUUGUUAAAGUUAUAGCUCAGAAACCAGGAUUAAAUAAGCAGUUGAUCUUUGUACUAUUGAUGUAUAAUAUGGUGCUGUUAAAAGGCGGUUGUACUUAAAUAAAAACUAAUAAAGUGGACUGCAGAGAUGGCUUGCUA